AUGGCCCCCGCCAAGAACAAGUCGCGCGCUGCUGCAGCCGCAUCCGACUACGAGACCGACUUCCCUUCCCAGAACUCACUCGCUAACCUGGCGCCGCCGCCUCACCGCACCAACGAGGAGCUCAACCUGGCUGUCCUCCGCCGUCACUACCCUGACCUGCUCUCCAUCGUCUCCAUUGCCUCGUUCUGCGUUGUUUACGCUUUCUCGCCCGAGACCCAGGCCUGGGAGAAGUACGGUGUUGAUGGCACCCUGUUCAUCAACCAGCUCAUGCCCUCGGAUGAUGGUAUUGCUCGCUGCUCUGUCAUCGUAUUCAACCGCCGCUCCAUGGAGAAGUUCUCGGUCGAACUCAAGUCCGCCGACGAUGUCGAACUGACCGAUGACUAUGUCAUCCUCCAGAGCCAGCACGAGGACGGAAGCCUCCAAAUCUUCGGCCUCUGGAUCUUCACCGAACCUCACCCCUCCUCCACGGCCCGUGCUCGCGAAAUCAACGCCGAGAUCAUCAAGCAGUGCGCUGCUCUGGUUGACAACAGCCGCAGGACCCUUGAGGCCAUGAACAACGGCUCGUCCUCUGAGCCCGAUGAGCCUGAGAGCGUUCCCAUGGGCCGUCAGCUCUCUCUCCGCGAGCUGUUCGGCAAGCAGCGUGAGGCUGACGCCGGCUUCUCGAUCCACCACCACGAGACCCCUACCAUUCAGGCUGCGUCAACCCUUCCGACCAUCCCCAGUCAUCCUCGUCCUCAGGCUCAGGCAGCUCAGCCGGCCGUCCAGCAGUCCAUGGCCUCCUCGGCCAAUGCUCCCACCCCCCGAUUCACCAACACGCCGGACACGGACUUCUUCUUGUCGGCCCCCAAGGUCACUCCUGCCUCACAGACUCAGGGCCAGCGCAAGGCCAGGGGCCACCCUACCCGCCACCAGCAGCCCAAGGAGGCAUCGCCCGUUGCGGCCCAGUACACGGCCGACUACGCGAGCAUGGAUCGCACUGAGUUCUUCAACGUCUUCAACAAGACUCGCGCCGAAGGCUGGUCUGUGAUCAACACCCCCUUUGGAUCCUUCUCAGUCGGCAACUACAUGCUGGCCCAGGACGCCUUCUUGGGCUACAAGAACAACCUUCAGGCCGACAAGGUCGAGAGUGAGAACCGCAAGAUCACCUUCGAGUCGACCUUCACUCCGACUGUUGGUGGCAGGAAGAUGAUCUCCCAGAAGGUCGUCUCCAAGUCCGUCACCAAGCUGUAG